GGAAAUCUUCCACCGGAUUACCAGAUCACCUUGAUCGAUAUCGGAUUGGUCCUGGAGUUCCUGAUGGGCGGGGCUUAUCGCUGUAACUACACCAGAAAGCAGUUCCGUACCCUUUACAACAACCUCUACGGUGUGAAAAGACCGAAAGCUUUGAAAAUGUUAGGACUGGAGGACGACGAGCCACAAGGAAAGGGCAAGAGUAAAGGGAAGAAGAAGAAGAAGGAGGAAGAGAUCGACAUCGAUGUGGACGACCCAGAGGUCUGYCGCUUCCAGUACCCGUUCCAUGAGCUGAUGGUGUGGGCCGUUCUCAUGAAGCGCCAGAAGAUGGCKCUGUUCCUGUGGAAGCGGGGGGAAGAGGCCAUGGCCAAAGCUCUGGUGGCCUGUAAGCUGUACAAGGCCAUGGCCCACGAGUCGUCUCAGAGUGAACUGGUGGACGACAUCUUCCAGGACCUGGAAAACAAUUCCAAAGAGUUUGGCCAGCUGGCCUACGAGCUCCUAGACCAGUCCUAUAAGCACGAUGAGCAGGUGGCAUGAAACUGCUGACCUAUCAGCUGAAGAACUGGAGCGACUCUACCUGCCUGAAGCUGGCGGUAGCCGCCAAGCAGCCGGACUUCAUCGCCCCACCUGCAGUCCAGAUGCUGCUUACUGA